UCUCUUCCUUUUUUUUCCAUUACAUUUAUACUCCCUUCUUAGCUGAAUAAUUGGUGUUUCUGUGAUUUCUCUCUCCAUUUUCUCUAAAUUGUUGCUUUUUUUGUCCUUUUGAAAAAAUACAGAGAAAUUAUGAAGAAUUGUGAGCUUUGUACGGGAUUGGCUAGGAUGUAUUGUGAAUCGGAUAACGCGAGUUUGUGUUGGGACUGUGAUGCGAAGGUUCAUUCAGCUAACUUUCUUGCGGCGAGGCAUUCUAGGUCUUUGCUAUGUCAGGUGUGUCAAUCGCCUACGGCUUGGUCGGCUGCCGGUGCAAAGCUUGGGAAGACGGUUUCUGUAUGUGAUAAGUGUGUGGAUGGUUACUAUCAUAGGGAUGAAGUUGAAGAGAUGGAGGAGAGUGAGAGCGUGAAUGAUGAAGGUAGUGAUACAGAGGACGAGGAAACUGAUUACGAAGAAGAUGAGGACGAAAUUGAUUCGGAGGAUAUUCAGGUUGUUCCGUGGUCAAAUACGACGCCUCCACCGCCGGCUAGUUCAUCUAGCAGUGAAGAUUCAUCAAAUGGCUGUAGAAAUGUCUCUUCAAAGCGAAUGCGUGAAGCUGAUCCGGAUCUUCAUUCAGAUGACGACAGCGGAAGUUCGUCGUGUCAACGGAAAGUCCAUAUAUCGCCGGCGAUGGAUGCAGACGGCGACGCAGCCGCUAUUGUUGACUCAUACUCAUCAAAAAUGAGAACGCCGGUUAAGAUCCAGAGAACAGAUCGUCUCACGGCUCCUAGAUGCACGCCGGUAAUAGAGUUUAUUCGGAGAAAUAAUCGGCAAAGGAUGAACUCCGGUGUGGCGAUCGCCGAGCUCUGUAGACUCAAUAAUGAGUCAAGGACCACAGAUCUGAAAAGCUCAGAGACAUCGUAGCCGUCUGAUUGACCAUUCGUUUUCAUCAACAUUACGUGGGUUCUACUUUUUUUACUUACCCUUUACCCCUAAAUCUUUUAGUCGGUUGAUAUUUUUUAGGAUAAGAGUUGUUGAAUUUAUUCUAGUACUAAUCUUAGGGAUAGGUAGUAUUUUAUUUUACUGUAUUGAUGUACUAAUAUGUUUAGGAUUAAUAUUAAGAUGAGGAAUGCCUUAAAAACACAUUUUUUACAAA